AUGGAAGAACAAUCUCAAUCACCAAGUGUUCAAAAUAUAUUUACGAAUUUAUUAAACAGUAAAACACCGCCUAAAGAAUUUUUUAAUUUUACCAAGACUUCAAUACCGCAAUCUAUAGAUUUAGCCAAAAAAAGAAUUUGUUACAAUUUAGAAAAAUUUAAAACUUUUUACUGUUGCAUAGCUCUUGGAUUUUCAUUUAUUUUUAUUUUAUUUAAACCUUCUGUCGUAUUGCUUAUAGGAUUGGGUGUGCUAUGUACUUAUGGAAAUAUUCAUACACCAACUGUUAAUGGAUUUAAGUUUACUAGAAUGUAUACUAAUUCGUUAACAACUUCUUUGGUUUUAUUGUAUAUUAUAUUUUUUAAUAAUGUCAUAGUUUCUGUGUUAGCACUUAUUUGUUUAUUAACCCUUGGUAUUUUAACCCACGCAGUUACAAUUGAAGAGGAUGAGGUGCAAGAGGACGUUUAA